GCUCAAACGGCCUAGCUUUCGGGGAGUAAAUUUUGCCUCUGCAGGGUCUGGCAUUCUUGACAUGACUGGGCAAACUGCGGUAAAUGCCUAAUUAUCCUGAUAGCCUAUAACUUGCCCUUGUAAGUUUUGAGAAAAAUACUCUUUCCUUCUUCUCUUUUCAGUUAACCAGCUCGCUGAGCGGUGUUAAGAAUGUUGUCCCACUACGAGAGCAGAUUGAGCAACUUUCUGCAGUCCAUGACAAUCUUACAGCUAUUAAGGGUUCAGCAUAUACAGAAAUUCUUUUCUCAAGGUCACUGUUCUUCAUUAGCAUUGGUAGCAACGAUCUUCUUAGUUAUUUCUAUUCAAACAGUAGUGUACCCAAGCAAGAGUUCAUUUCUGCUUUGGGACUUGAAUACGAAAAACAAAUAAUGGUAAGAUCCUCCUUUUCCUGCCUGUUAGAUCCAUGACGCUACCAUGUUCAAGAGCAUACUGAAGCAACUGUUCUGCCUUGUUGAUUUUGCAGAGUAUCCUUGAGCUUGGAGCAAAGAAGAUUGGUAUUAUUAGUGUUCCACCAGUUGGUUGCUGCCCAUCUCAAAGGGCUUUCAAUGAAAGUGGGGGCUGUUUGGAGGGUUUGAAUGACCUUGCUUUAGAAUUUCAUUCAACAAUCAACGCCCUCCUGAUGAAGCUCGGCUCAGAAUAUACAGACCUAAAGUAUUCACUUGGAAACGCAUAUGAGAUGACCAUCAAUGUGAUAGACAACCCUUUUCCAUUCGGAUUUAAGGAGGUGCAAACUGCUUGUUGUGGAGUUAAGAGGUUCAAUGGCGAAGGCAUCUGUGACAAAAAUGCAAAUCUUUGUCUGAAUCGCCAUGAAUACUUGUUCUGGGAUUUAUUCCAUCCUACAAUGACUGCUUCAAAACUAGCAGCUCUAACCCUUUAUGCUGGUGAACCACGAUUUGUAUCCCCAAUUAAUUUCAAACAGUUGGCUGAGGCUUGAUUAGCCAAAAAGACUUCUCCUUGAUAAGAUUAAAUAAUAAGGGAACAUUGAUCUCCCAGAUCAUCACAUGCUUGUACAGCAUGUUAACAGAGUUCAUGUUUUUGGUGACAUUAAUUUGUAACCGUAUUCUAUUUCCUUAUAGUGACUUAAAUUGAUUCAUUAGUGUAGACCUCCA